CUUGAAUUUGAGCCGAAAAGUUGAACCUAGGUUCGUUGAAUGUUACAAACCAACGUGUUCAUUACCGGUUGUCGUUUAGAAUCCAGUUUGCUCACUACCGACUACCUACGCAGUACUUCGAAGCACUGGUGCCGCAUUUCGUGCUUUAGUCCCGACUUGGUUCAAAGUCAACCGGGAUAGCACGUCUAAAAGCUUCUCUGGGGAGCAAUGGCGAUUCAAUUGUGUCCAGACAGUGGCGCGCUGGAUCUAUCAAAUGCCUGCGUACGCGCCUCUCUCAGUGCGAUUGUACCCGCUGUGCUUGUCUCAGCGUGUCUCUUCUCCAUACCCCGGAUUCCUGCAUUCGCUCGUCCACUUACCAACGCUAUCAAAUCGCCCUUCCGCAAUUUUUUGACCUUGCGCGAGGCUGAAGCUCUAGAUAUUCAAGAGGGAAAUACAUGCGACGUCGUCGUCGACAACACCGUUCCUCUAUGGCACACUGUACUACUCUCGUUCGUCGCUUUGGUUCAGGCACUCGUUUGGACCGCUGUCGGUGCAUACAGUAUCAUCAUGAACAAGGCCCAUAUCUGGACAGGUAUCGCACCACUUCUCAUCGCUGCCACUUGGAUAUAUGCCUCCUGCAAGCCUGUCUUCUGGCCUAAGCCAACUAUUCACUACGAUCUCUUCGCCCUGUUUAUGAUUCACUUUGUCUUUGGCAUCGUCCUGCUUGGUGGUACUUUGUAUGAGCACGAAGUUUUCGGUGUCCCAUUGCCUCCACACCUCCCAUUCUUGGGCCUCAUUUCUAAUCUCAUCGCUAUUCUGGUGGUCCUUACCGUCGUAGGAAAUAUGCCCUUUGAACUGCCAAGCAAUCGUAUCAAGAAGGAAGAUAUCUAUGUCAAGCACUCGCCUGAAGAUUAUGCUACCAUGUGGGAGUGGAUCAUGUUCUCAUGGGUCUACCCUCUCAUUACUCGUGGCUCGAACAUGACCAUGAACGAGGAUGACGUUUGGAACCUUAGUCCUACUCAGCAAUCCCGUCCAGUGUUCAUCAAGUUCAGCACCAUCAUUCGUUCUUCUCUCCUUCGCCGUCUGUGGGCCGCCAACUCAAAGGAUCUUUUACUGGAUUUCUGCCUGACCUAUGUCAGCGUCACGUUCACUUAUGCCUCGCCAUUCUUUUUGAAGCGUAUCCUUGAUGCCAUCGAUGAACCUGAACCUACCGCACAGAACAGAUCCCAAGCAUACAUAUACGCUUUCUUAGCCUUCCUGUGCACAUUAUUAAAGGCGGAAGCCGAUGUCCAACACCUGUGGUUCGGGCGGCGAGCAGCAACAAGGAUACGUGUCGAGUUGAUGGCUGCCAUCUACGACAAAGCUCUGAAGCGCCAGGACUACUCAGGCAUCAUCGACAAGGACAAAGCAAAGGAGGCUGCCGACAAAAAAGCGGGAAUCAAGCCUGUCCAGAAUCCGACUGCGGAUGACCCAAAGGCUGGUGCAGAUGUUGGAAAGAUCGUCAAUUUGAUGGCCGUAGAUGCUAAUAGGAUUGCCAUGAUGAUAUCCGGCGCGUAUUUCAUUUAUGGAGGUCCGUUCGAGAUUAUCAUUGCCACGACCUUCCUCUACAAUCUUCUGGGUUUAUCUGCAUUUGCUGGCUUUGUUGUUCUUCUCGCUGGUUGGCCCCUGAACAGCUAUGUCACUAAACGCAGCAUUCGCAUCCAGAAGGGUGUAUCUACUUCGCGAGACAAACGCAUGGCAGUCCUAAACGAACUCAUCAGUGCUGUCAAAUUCAUCAAGUUCUUCGCGUGGGAGGACCGCUGGAUUCAACGGGCCAUGGAGGCACGUGGGGUGGAGAUGAACUGGAUGGUGAAGUCUCGGAUCAACUCAGUGCUAUUUUCACUGAUCUGGACCUCCGCUCCUAUCUUGGUGUCGCUCAUAUCAUUCCUCGUUUUUGUGUAUCAAGGCAACCAGCUGACUGUGUCGAUUGCAUUCACGUCCAUCGCACUGUUCGGCAUGAUUCGUCAGCCACUAGGUAUCAUUCCAGCUUGGAUUGUUCAGAUCCUACAGACUGGCGUUGCACUGAAACGUAUCGAGACAUACCUCGAGGAGGACGAAGUCGACGAGCAUGUGUCUUCCAUCAAGAAGGCUCGCGCGCCCCAUGUCGAUGGAGAGGAUGACACCCUUUCAAUCGAGAACGGCUUCUUUAAGUGGAACGAGGUACCCGAGAAGCCUGAGGAAACAUCAAAAGCGAAGGGCAAAGAUCACUCUCCUUCUCCGAGCGACGAGACUGCGACUGCCGUUGAUUCCGAGUCUGAGUCCAUCCGUUCGCCCUCCGAAGAUCAUAGAUUCGAGCUCAGAGAUAUUUCGGUACGGUUCCCCGAGGGUGAACUGUCUGUGAUUACUGGACCGACGGCGAGUGGUAAGACUGCUUUGCUUAUGGCAUUGCUGGGCGAGAUGACUACCAUCAGCGGAAAAUUGACCAUUUCGAAGAAUACAUCGAAGAUCGACGAGAAUGGACUUAUGCACUCGAUGUCAUAUGCCGCUCAAUCACCGUGGCUGCGCCACCAGUCCAUCAAAGACAACAUUCUAUUCGGGCAACCUUAUGAUGAGGAGAGGUACAACGAUGUCAUCGAGUGUUGUGCGCUAAUGCUGGACCUGAAUAUCUUGGAGGAUGGAGACGAAACUGAAAUUGGCUCAAGGGGUGUCAGCUUGUCGGGUGGCCAGAAAGCUCGUGUUGCCCUCGCCCGUGCGGUGUAUGCUCGCACGAAGUAUGUCCUGUUGGAUGACCCACUGAGUGCUGUGGAUAGCCAUACUGCCCGGUUCUUGUACGAGAGACUCUUCCGCGGACCAUUGAUGGAAAACCGUACUGUGAUCUUGGUUACUCACCACGUAGAGCUCGUGCUUCCUGGUACAUAUUACCUCGUCCGCAUGCUGGACGGUCGUAUCGAUACCAAGGGAACCGUCAAGGAUCUCCGUGCGCAGGGCAUUCUGGACCACAUUGCGCAAGAUUCCACUGCGGAAGUCAAAGCAGAGGAACCUGUGGCGGCCAUCGAGACCCCUGUCGAAUUGCAGGAGGACAGCGUUGAGGCAGACGCGUCUGUGGGAUCGAAGAAAAAACCUCGCAAGCUUAUCAAGGAUGAGCACCGGGAGGCUGGAGGCGUCAAGUGGUCGAUUUAUAAUGCGUACUUGAAGGCAUCGUCGUACCGCACGUGGUUUUUGCUUGGGAUUCUGAUUGUUUGUUCGCAAAGCUUGGGUGUUAUUGAGAAGCUCUGGGUUCGGGAAUGGGGCCAAGCAUACGGCGAGGAUACCGAGCCAGCUCCCUACAUCAUGACGUCCUCUGUAUUGACCGAGAACGAGGCGCUGAUGAACGGCUACAUGCCCUACCAUGACCAUCAACACUACUCGAACAGUUACUUCCAUGUUAACACCACUGGCUUCGGCCCGAUCGCAUUGCCUGACGUUCAUGAACACCCGUUAUUCUACGUUGGUGUGUACGCAUUGAUCGGGUUUGCCACCGCCGCAGUCAGCAUAUUGUCGACUGCUAUUCAGUAUAACGGAGCGUUGAAAGCAUCAAGAUCUAUUUUCCGCCAGCUCUUGACGGGUGUCGUGCGUGCUACGAUGCGCUGGCAUGAUGUCACGCCGGCUGGCCGCAUGCUCAAUAGGUUCGGAAAAGAUAUUGAAACUAUCGACAGCAAUCUUGCUAGCUCGCUAUCAGCUGUCAACCAGUCACUGGCGACGUUUGCGGCUGCGAUUAUCACCGUCGUGUUUUUCUUCCCGCUUUUCCUUAUCCCUGCUGUGGUGAUAGGUUUCUUCUACCGCUUGCUGGCUCUUGGGUAUCUGAAGACUGGUAGAGAUCUCCGUCGUAUGGAGUCUAAUUCCCGAUCGCCCAUCUUCUCUGGGUUUGGCGAGUUGCUCGAAGGUAUUGUCACGGUUCGGGCUUUCUCUGCUGAACAGCGCUUUUUGGAUGACCUACACAGCAAAAUCGACGUUACUACCAAGAUGUGGUACAAUUUCUGGAUGACGAAUCGAUGGCUCUUGUUGAACUUUGAUGCGCUCGGUGGGUUGGCUGUGUUGACCACUACACUCCUUGCGCUAUCAGGUUAUGUCAAGGCUGGUACCGCGGGUCUAUGUAUCACGAGUGCGAUGACCUUUACCUCAAGUGUUUACUGGGCUUGUCGGUUCUGGACAGCCCUUGAGCUUGACUUAAACUCCGUCGAGCGUGUUGUGGAAUACCUCGAUUUACCUCAAGAACCUCCUGCCGUCAUCGAGUCUAGCCGUCCUCCUGCUUAUUGGCCUUCUAGCUCAACGAAGGAAGGGUUGAUAACUGUUGAGAAUCUGGUCAUCAAAUACGCCCCUGAGCUCCCUCCUGUCUUGCAUAAUGUUUCUUUCUCUCUCAAUUCGAAGGAGCGAAUUGGGCUUUUGGGACGUACUGGUAGUGGAAAGUCGACUUUGGCAAUGAGCAUUCUUCGCUUUGUCGAUCCUGUCAGUGGUCGUAUCCUAAUCGACGGGAUUGACAUCUCUACGAUUGGUGUCCAUGACCUUCGCUCUCGUUUGACUUUUAUUCCUCAGGACGCAACUCUAUUCUCGGGCACUUUGAGAGAUAAUCUUGAUCCAUUCAGUGAACACGAAGAUAGCGAAUGUUUGGACGUCCUAUAUCGCGUGCAAAUGAUCAGUGAAAGUGCAUACCAAUCUCAACACACCUCUCGCGCACCUUCUCGCGCAUCCACGCCCGACGACGCUGCCUCUUCUGCUGCGUCGACGGCUGUCACUGACGUGGACUCCAAGACGACCAUCACACUCGACACACAAGUAUCCGCAGGCGGCACAAACUUCUCGCAGGGUCAACGGCAGCUAAUUGCAAUGGCGCGUGCGCUGUUGAGGCGGAGCGCGAUUAUUGUCCUUGACGAGGCAACAAGCAGCAUUGAUUUUGAUACCGACGCGAAAAUUCAGGCGACGAUCAGGGAGGAGUUCACGGAUUCCUUAUUGCUCACAGUUGCACACAGAUUACGCACCGUGAUUGAUUACGACCGUCUUAUUGUGCUCGAUAAAGGAGAGGUUGCGGAGUUCGAUACACCUUUGAAUUUGAUCCAGAAGGAGGAUGGGAUUUUCAGGACGAUGUGCCUCAAGAGUGGAACGUUCACUGAGCUUGAGGCGGCUGCCAAGGCCAAGGCUGAACGCGAUGCAGCCAAUGCUGGGGCAUGAUCGAGUACGAGUGACUCAAUAGUUGACUUGUUUAUGUAUGCGCUUUUGGGUUAUUUUCUCAUAUAUAAUCAGAGCUGAGAGCGGAAUUAUUAUUAAGAAGAAACGACUGUCUCCC